AUGGGUGUUACCAAGACGACUCACCAGUCCGGCUCCGGCGCCAUCCCCAAGCCCGGCCAGACUGUCACCAUUGAGUACACUGGCUUCCUCAAGGAUACCUCCCAGCCCGACAACAAGGGCAAGAAGUUCGACUCCUCGGUCGGCCGCGGCGACUUUGUCACCAGAAUUGGUGUCGGCCAGGUCAUCAAGGGCUGGGAUGAGGGUGUCACCCAGAUGAACGUCGGCGAGAAGGCUACUCUCGACAUCACCAGUGACUUCGCCUAUGGCGAGCGGGCCAUGCCAGGCAUCUGUUGCUACCAUGACGACCAAUUGAUGCUAAUUAUGUUCCCCCACAGCGGCUUCACCGGCCACAUUCCCCCCAACGCCGACCUCAUCUUCGACGUUGAGCUCAAGAAGGUCCAGUAA